AUGAAUGCAAGUGGUAGAAUUCCCAGUUAUUUUGCAGGUAUAGAUCCAUCUACCAACAUACAAUUUUCGCCUCCUGAAUCACUGUUUCCAUUGCACCAGCCACAAAGUUGUAUUUUUCCAGAUAAUAAUCCUCGUUUGAAAAAGGAUAUCACUGUAUUCCCGAUGCAGGAUAAUAAAGUAUUAACUGAAGAAGUGGGAUUUGAACAUAGCGUACCGCGUUCUCCUAAAAACGUAUCAGGAACAGAAUUUCAUUCUUGCGGUGGAACGUUUAAAGUUCAUCAGUCUGUGGAAGAUGGACGCUCUCGUCUGCAAAUCUGUCCUUCUGCACCGGAAUAUCGGUCCGUCAAUAUCAACAAAUUGCCGGAGGCAUUAAGCUCUAAUACGUUGCAUCUUAUCGCUCCGUACGCCCAAAACGGAACAAAUAGUCUAAGCACGACACCUGUUCAAGAAGUGCUUCAGGGUCAGAGUGGAGUGAAUCUUAUGUUGAGCAGUUCAAAUGAGCUGCAGCAUCAUCAGGCUAAUAGGAAGAGAGCACAGCCACAUCAUUCUAACAGACGACGAAAUCACACCUACUCAUCACUAGUGGAGCCAAUUAUUAGUGAAAAAAUGAUGGUCACACCAGGUCAUUUGUACAUAAGACCAGAGCAGCAGCGCAUAAGUACAUCUGAUGCACAACAAGUCGUUGGCACCAAAAAUUACAUUGGAGAUGCCAAAGUUGUCGUUGGAAGUGAACAGGGUGGCUGUUUUACACAACUACCAAUUGUGAGAAAAUAUGGUGUUGAUGAGUCUGUUAAAUUGAAUGCGCCGGAAAUGCAGCGCUUAUCCAGAGAUGAUUUCAUGCCAGAUAUGCUAAUUCAGCGAAAACGAACAUGCACCGAUGAUAUCACUGCUCGAAAACAACAUAGAGUUACUAAAAAGCUCAAAGAGGCGGCAGAGCAAAAGAAAACAUUUGGUGUACAACUUGCUUCAGGUGCUGCACAAACUAAUAAUGAAAGUACUACUUGGACAGGAAAUCCUGUACCGACUCUUCCAUCUCAUAUAACGUUAGAAACUGCCACCUUGACUAAUCCUAAUUUUCUGGCGCAACAGUUCCAAACUGCUGACAACAUAAAUGGAAAUCAGGUUGAGCCUAAUACUGUUGAAAAUAAUUCUGCAUUGGAUAAAUUGAAGCUUGCAGCAAUUUUCUCUUAUGCGAAAUCGGAAUUGCUGCGAAACAAUUUAUUCAGAGAGAUGCUGUCGCAGCUGCAUCCAAACUGUGGAACCAAUCUGAAUUCGCAAAUGCAAACAAGUACCUCUACGACAACACAACAGGCAAACAACUGGCAAGCUACAGCAAUGCAAAACGCAGAACUUGUAGCAUUAUAUCAACAAUUGUUGGCGAAACCCGACAUGGUAAAUACCAUACAAUCAACCCAACCGGUGAAUGCACCUGUUACUGGAGUAACUUCGCAGAAUCUGCCGAACUUUAAUCCUUUAUUAUCAAAUGCCGCUUCGAUGAUGAUAAUUUCGCAGCUGGAAGCUGCUGCAUACAUACAGUACCAGUCAAAAAUUCAACAGAUGUCUGCCUCUUCCAUGUCGUUAGAGUAUCUUUCUAAUUACGUUAAUUACAUUAAAAUGCUUGCGGGUUUUUCGGUAGCGCAAAGUCAGCCACAGCCAUCAGAUCCAGUUGCCCCAACAAAUGGUGAACAGCAACAAUAUCAAAACGUUCAAGAGGCGCAGUCCCGAUUUAUUUUCCCAAAUUACUCCUUCCCAACAACCUUUCCACUUAAUUCUGUUCUUACUCAUAACUUAAAUUUGAAUACGAAUCAGUGGUUGAAUUAUUAUAUGCGAUUGCUCGCUAUUCAAUCCAGUCCAGUAGGGCCGUCCACUUCAUCCACCACUUCAUUAUGGAAUCCACUCUCUACACCUACGCUUCAGAACGCUGCACCGGCACCUGUGCCGAAUGUACAGAAGGAGCCCUGUGAUUUAACGACACAGCGCAAUGGUGGUGGUGGUAGCGGGGGCAGUCGGGAACGACAUCCGAAUGAUUUGGAGGUGGCAGAGAUACUAGCAUCAAUCGCUGAUACUCCUUCUGGACAUAAAGGUAUUUUUAUUGGAAUAUUUUCUGAAUUUCUUAGUUGA